AGGAACAAGGAUGUGGGCUGGUAGGCAUCUGUACAGGCUGAGUCGGGGACCAACCUGCUUUGAAGACAGCCGCCUGCGACACAGUGAAGAGAACACAGUGCCAUCCUUUCAGAAAAGGAAAAUCAUGUCACUGAAACUACCACGCAACGUUUGGGACUUCAACCUGAAAGGAGACGGCAACCGAAUAGGUCGAUCAAAGAGUGUGAUGCCAGGUGAACACUGUGCUGUGUCACACAGAUCAUCAUCACCCAACACAUUGGAACGUCCCGUCAAGUCAGGCUGGUUGAAGAAACGGAGGUCACUUGUGAAACAAUGGCACCAACGCUGGUUUGUCCUUCGGGGUGUCUAUCUAUGUUACCACAAAGAAGAGGAAGACGGAAAGCCACAGGGCUACAUUGUGCUCCAGGACUGCAAGGUGAAUGAACUACCAGCUAACCCGGAUGAUCCAGGAAAAUUCCUCUUUGAAAUCACUCCAGUGGGCUCCAGUGACCGUGAGCGGACAGGAGGUGUUCAGGACUCCCAUGUGCUGAUGGCCAAUUCACAGAACGAAAUGGAAGACUGGGUGAAAGUGAUUCGCCGGGCCAUGGGAACGCUGUCCAGUGGAGCUGUCUUCGGUCAGCGUCUGGCAGAGACGGUGGCAUAUGAGCAGAAGUUUGGCCAGCACCUGGUGCCUAUGGUGGUGGAGCAGUGCACAGACUUCAUUCGGAACCAUGGGCUGAAUGAGGAAGGUAUCUUCCGCCUUCCAGGGCAAGACAACCAGGUGAAAGAACUGAGAGAUGCUUUUGACUCUGGAGAGAGGCCUUCUUUCGACAGGAACACUGAUGUACACACCGUAGCCUCUCUCUUUAAGCUGUACCUGAGAGAGCUCCCCGAACCAGUUGUCCCCUGGUCUCAGUAUGAAGACUUCCUGGCUUGCAGCCAGCUCAUGAACAGCGAUGAGGAGCAGGGUCAACAGGAAGUGAUGAGGCAGAUUUCCUUACUGCCUCAGGUGAACUAUAACCUCCUCAGCUACAUCUGCAGGUUUCUGCAUGAGGUCCAGCUCAGCUCCAAGAUCAAUAAAAUGAGUGUGGACAAUCUGGCAACUGUCAUCGGGGUGAAUCUCCUCAAGCCCAAAGUCGAAGAUCCCGUGGCCAUCAUGAGAGGGACCCCUCAGAUCCAGAAGCUGAUGACUGUUCUGAUCAGCAGACAUGAUGAACUGUUCCCUAAGUACAAGGAUAAGCCUCCUUCACCCUCCUUGAGAAUGUGUGCCCAGCGAAGCAUGGUGGGCUGGGGAGCUGCUGACCCCCAAACAGGACCGACAGCAGGAACACACAAGGAAGAGCGUGAUGUGAGCACAGCAGAGGAUGAAUUGGAAAACUGGAGCGAGAGUCCUCGGAAGAGGACACAAACCCUCCCGGUGCAGAAGUGUGCAGGAACAUCCAACAGUUUGGAGGAUGCUGUGUCCAGCAUUGAGUUCUGGAAAUGGUCAAAGGGCUCCCCGGUCAGGAACAGCCAGGAUCCUCUCAGGGAAAAGCACAGGCGCAGUUUCUCCCAGGAUAGCUGGCAAACUGUGGCUCCCUGUCACCUCCAGCUCUCCCCUCCCGGUGACACACCGGUCCCACCAACAGCCUCUGUGGCUCAUGCUCAGGAUCAGGAACCUCCCAGCUGUCGACUGACAGUUACCUGUCCCUGUGACGAGACACCGAGCCAGAACACAGCAACCGACUCAUCCCAACACUGCACAGAGAGCCAAGGGGAAAAUCACAGAGCCACAGAUGUAGCAGAGCUCAGGGCACAGCUGGACAACCUGAGGAAGGACUUUGAAAGCAAGAGGAAGGAUUACGAGGAGAGAAUAGCGAGCUUGGAGAAAGAGAAUUAUGAAGUCUGGGCCAAGGUGGUGCGACUGAACCGAGAGCUGGAGCUGGCUGGGAAGCAGUAUGAAGCCUUGGAGAUCCGGUUACAAAAUGCCAACAGGGCACGGCAGGAGGCAGAGAAACGCAACCAGCUGCUGGAGCAAGAACUCACCAACUUCUUUCAGAAAAACAAGGGAGAUUAAUACUCACUCUCAACACCCUUCAUGGAGCUGCUUUCCUGGGGCUGAACUGACUCAUUCACACAGACACACACAUACAGACACACGCGUUUCCCAUAGCAAAGUUUCAUUACAGUUCCCCUGACUGGCGGACAAGGACAAGGGGAAAUCUGCAGGACUCCCUUCAUGUUGAGUAACAUUCCCUUGAGAACGCGGUUGGCUGGAAUCCAACAGUGGGCUGGCACUGACUACAGAGGACAUGUCUGACUCUGUGUGUGGAGGGAUAUGUCCAACAGGCUGAGUGACAGUGAUGUUCCUCAUUGGACAGAAAAAGCUGCUCUCUCUCUCUUGUCUUUCUCUUUCUGUCUCUCUCUCUCUCUCUGUCUGUCUUCCUCUCUCUCUCCCUCCACCACCCCCCCCGCCAACUGUGUGUGUGAGCCCUCUCAUGGUGAUCAAGAAUACCACAGUACCUGGUCCAGAUGAGGACUUGGUCAGGUUUACCAGGGUAGGUAAUCCUCUCUCUGGUUUGGUGUAUCUCAGUCCAUAUCCAGUGCAGUGCAGUGCAGUGCUGGCCUGAUCAACCAUAUUCCUCUGGGAAGAGUUGGUGAAUCCAUACUUGGGAGUGGGAGUGGGCUGUGGGACAUCUCUGUAAGUUCUUCAGCAGGAGUGAAGGGGGUUCCAUUACUCUUUCAGGGUGUGUUGACUCAUUGACUCUCCAGUUGUAUGGUCACCAAAUCUCUCUGUCAUUGGCUGUCUGAAUGGUCAGGGUUGAAAAUGUGUUGCUGGAAAAGCG